AUGAUGAGAGGUGAUCGCAAUUCUGCGCACGGCGCCGUCAAUAGCUUGUCCAGCUUCGACAUGCAAAACCGUUAUGGACGCCAGGCUCUGGCGCGUUUAUUCGAACUGCUUCGAACUGGUCAGCAGCCGGAGGUCUCCUUCUCCUUCUUGGCUCGACGGGGUCGACAGACGAGAACCCCAUGGCAAAGCUGGCCCGAGUUCAGGAAAGCAGCAGAGAAGGCUCUUGACUUGAUCGGUCUUCGACCGGACACGGAAGACAAGUACGAGGAAUCUCUCUCGGAGUCCAAAAGCCUGAAUGUCUUUCUGAACAGGUUGCUCAUGCUCGAACCGGUGAUGCAAAAUGCUCUUUUCGAUGCUGUGGCGGAGCUCUAUGCACACCUUGUGAGUCUGGACCAAGCUUCUGGAAGCUACGAUGGGGGACCCGAGCUCCUCGAUAAUAAGCGCGGCAUCCAAGCAGAAGUCCGGCUUGCGAAGCGCGAGGUGCUCUUCGAAGAUCCCGUUACCGGGGCCGAAACGGCAUACGUCCGCUUGCAGCUUGAUCGUGGCAUGGCAUGGGAUGCAGCAGAGGAGGUGCUUGACCGCUGCGGAGGACGUGCUGAAGAAGUCGCAGGGUUUUAUUGGAUCCAGGGCUACAUGCAGAGAUCAAGCGCCUCUGUCGUACUGGCUGUUGCACGACCCGUGCUGCGCGGAGUGCGUUUGGGGGCUUCGGGGCAGUCAGAGGACGAGGAAGAGGAAAGUGAUGUCGAGUUUGAGCUACACUGGCCGCAGGGUCCUCCAGCUGGUUGCGACCUCGAGCGGGUGUAUGCCUCUACGUUGCGGCAGGGCGAGCGUUUCCGAAAAGCAAAGGCUUCGCAGCUGGGUCAGGUCCAGUCCGCUUGGCAGGCUGCUUGGCAGUUUCGCACUGCGUCUGAGCGCUGGCAGGAAGAGCAUGUCCUAACUGGAUCAAUCCUGAGCACUUGGGCGGUUCUCGGGACUGCCAUCGGCACCGUGCAAAGCUCGAAGGUGCGCAAAAUACCACUCGUGAGGGCGAAGCUGACAGAUGGUGGAGCAAUUGUCGGAGUUCGCGUGCAGCCGGAGCGUUUACAAGAAGUGAGAUACCUUCUUUCUGCGAUCUCGGAGCAGGGAGGCAAGAGCAGCCAAGAGAAGGUGGAGUCAGUGGAGCUGGCAGAUGAGGAGCAUGUCGACCACAUCGAUGUCACGCGACUUUCUGCGCAGCUUGAGGCCUUCCUGCGAACGCAACCCGAUCAGCAGGCCGUGUGGCAUGGCUGGGCGGGUGCUCACAAAAUGCUUGUGGCCGACGGCCUGGUAAGCGCGAGGGCUCCCGGAAUGCGCUUAGCACAGGAGGCCAUGGAGGAUUUGGAGCGAAAUGGCAAAAUCGAUAUAGAUUCCGAGACUGGCAUCGUCCAUCUGCGUGAGAAGCCCAAAGGCUGCGGUUGGUACAUUCCGCCUCCGAAGAAGCCAAAAGUGGCGCGAGGACGCGGUCGAGGUCGCGGGGGUGGGCGGGGGCAUGGUAGAGCCCAAGCGCCCUAA